CUCUCGUCGUCUCCGUCCAACCCUCGGCCCCCCCUCCCCCCACUUUGUUACUCGCCAUCCUCCCCAUCUCCAUCUCCAUCCACAUCCUCAUCCUCGUUCUCAUCCUCCCCAAUCCAUUCCAUCCCAUCCCUCUCUCACUCUCUCACUCUCUCCGUACUCUCAGACUCCUCAGACCCCCUUCUGCUCUCCGUCCAGGUCCAGUCAUCUCCUCCUUCCCGCCUUCAUCCUAACUCCUUACUCACCACCCAUCACAUCCUUUCUCCUCACCACCCCUCACCUCAACCCCGGUCAACCCCAUCAACAGUCCCAUACUCUCCCAAUCUCCUCUUUCGCCGUCACUCUCCUCGGCCUCACCUCCCAUCACCCCAUCACCUUUUACCACCCCGGCCUUUAAUCGCCCCACCCCCUCUCCUCUUUCCCACCCAAUUCACCGACCAUGUCGGGUGCCAGCGCCCAGUACCAGAACAUUCUCAACGACCUCAACCGCGACGUUGCUAGGCAGCAACCAUCUGACAUUCUCCAGUUCUGCGCCGAUUGGUUCCAGGACAAACUCCGUGAAGAGGUAUGUAAACGCAAAGUCUUAACAAUCGACCUUCUCCCUUCCUCCCCCCUCCCUCCACCGACCUGCGCACAACUGAUAUCUCAGCGCUCAACCUCAUCUCGUGGCGGCAUUGCCAACUUUGCCAAGGGCCCCGGUGAAACCUCUCCACGUACCGAGCUCCUCGACCCCACUGACCGUGGGUCUAACCGUGGUAUCGGAGCCGCUGCUAUGGGUGGUGCUGCGCUAGGAGGAGGGGCCGCUGCCGCUGGACUGUUUGGGUCUUCCUUCGCCAACCAUGACGUCCCCGAUAGGGCCCAGAAUGACUCGUCUCCGUUCGGAGAGCCAACGGACAAGGACUUUAACAGCAACUCGCCGUUCGGACCAAGCGCCCAGACGCCAUCGGCGCCAGUAGGCGUCCCCCGCCCACCUUCCCCUGACGAUGAGGAGGAGGAGGACAGCGAUGAGGAAGCUCCUCCCAUUCCUCAGUAUGCUCUGGGCCGUCGUACCUCUGUGUCGGCCGAGUCUCUCCAGCCAUCGCACUCGAAGAAGUACGACCCCGGAGCAAAUGCAUUUAUCGAGGAGGAAGACGAGGACGACACGUCGAGCGCCAACGCCAUACCCACCUUCCCCAAGACUCCUGAGCAGAUCGAACGCAUUCGUUUUGCAAUCAAGGACAACUUCCUGUUCAAGAACCUCGACGAAGAGCAGGAAAUGGAUGUGCUCACAGCCAUGCGCGAGGUCAACAUUCCCGCCAAGGACAUUAUCAUUCAGCAGGGUGACGCCGGUGACUACUUCUACAUUGUCGAGCGAGGUGAGCUCGAAGUCUUCGUCAAGAAGGAUGGCCAGUCUCUCGACCUCGCAGCCGGUGACUCGGAGACUUUGGGCAAGCGGGUCGUUGUCUACCACGAGGGUGCCUCGUUCGGUGAACUGGCUUUGAUGCACAAUGCUCCUCGUGCGGCGUCCAUCGUUUCCACAACGCCCUGCACUCUUUGGGCUCUUGACCGUGUCUCAUUCCGCACCAUUCUCCUUGACCACACUUCCCGCAAGCGCCGUCAGUACGAGGCAUUCCUUGCUGCGGUGCCUAUCCUGUCGUCGCUCAAGCCUAGCGAGCGUGCCAAGAUCGCCGAUGUCCUUGAGUCUCGCACGUUUGAGGCCGGACAGGAUGUUAUCCGUCACGGUGAUAUGGGCGAUGAGUUCUUCCUCAUCGAGAGCGGUUCGGCUGCGGCUAUCAAGCCGAUCGACGGUCGUGAGACUGUUGUCAAGCAGAUGGGCAAGGGCGACUACUUUGGUGAGCUGGCGCUUCUCAAUCGUCAGACCCGUGCCGCUACUGUGCGUGCGACGGAGAAGCUGCGCGUCGCGGCGCUCGGCGAGCAGGCAUUCACGCGUCUGCUGGGUCCUGCCAAGGACAUUAUGGCACGCACCGCGGGCGAGCGGUAUGGUUUGUAGGAGAAGAACGGGUAAGAAGUCUUGUAGUGGUAAGAAGUAUCUCUGUUCGAGUAAGAUGAGUUGAGCCUGUCAAUGUCAAGGGAUGCAUUGAUAGCAACUG